CCUUCGUCAAAACAUAAUCCACACGCUCAUCACUGCUCGCUCAGUGAUCAUGGCUCAAGGUAACGCGUCGUGUGUUCAAGCUGUCCUGUUUGUCUCUCGGAACAGAAGUUACUGAGCGAGACCGACUGAAGUAGUCUUCGACUCUUCGCUUCCUUCCUCGCCAACAACUUGUGGGUGUCCAACGGAUCAGAUUAUCAGUGGGCGGCAAGAUGGAAGCUUGUGCAGAAUGCUCAAGGAAUUGUGUAAUUCUUCAUGGAAAGAAUAGAAACACAUCACCUAAUGUUAGCUCCUUUUUCAAGGUCAUGGUUGGCAGUCAAUUUUCUGAGCUUUUGUACAUUCCCCCAAAAUUUUCUCCCACGGUUUCAGGACUGCUUAAUCAAAAUAUCCAUCUGGAGGAUUCAGGUGGGGGGCAAUGGGAAGUGACAUUGUCCGCGGUUGAUGGAUCCUUAGCUUUCCAGAGAGGUUGGAAUGCUUUUUCGUGCGACCAUGGUUUAGAAGUUGGAUAUUUUCUGUUAUUCUAUUACCUGGGUUCCCACUUCAGGGUUGACAUAUAUGAUCGGACUGGAUGCAGAAAAGUAGAUUUCCCAGAAAACAGGAUGAGUAAGAAAAGAACUGUGAGCUCUAGAAAUUCUCCGGAUGACCCCGCCGGUGACAAGAGUUCAAGUGAGAGCGCUUCAGUUGUUUCUGGGGCAUUGGCUGAGCUAGAUCAAAGCCAUUGCAGAACAAAUGUGGAAGAAGCAGUGAAACAGACGGCAUCUACGUGUCUAAAGAGUUGUCGAAAAAGUCAACCUCUUGCUGAAGAAUUGAGCUUUAUGAUUAAUAGAGACACUGAGAACAGAGAGAGAGAAGAGGUGCGACCUGCAUUUGACUUAUUCGAUUUGGAAAUGAAGAGCAGCAGACCUUGUGCUGGUCUGAAUCCCUGUAUCGUGGAUGGAAAUGGACCUUCUUCUGUUGGAGCUGUUAUAUCACAGUUAUCUCACAAUGAAGCUGGAUUAGCUGAUAAAGACCCAAUUUUGGAUUCUGUCAAUAAUUGGACAUGUGAGGAAACAAAUCGACACAUCAAAAAACUUAAGAAAAGUGGAAACUCUGAAGGCAUAGAUAAACAAGAGACUCUCUUCAAUGACUGCAUGAAUGAUGUAUUACCAGUUGUCAAAAGAGAGCUAAUGGAGAUGAAUGAAGAUAACAAAUGUAAAGUUGAAAGGCCGAUGAUUAUUAAACAAGAGCCAGUGGAGGGGACUUCUGGACACUGGAGUACCAAAAUGGCUAAUCAGAAAAUCUAUGGAAAAGAGCCAAUUGUUAAGGCGGAGUAUAGUGGGAGUAAUGCUUUAAUAGCAAGUGAUGGACAACCAGCAGAGGGUGAACCUAUCAAUGCAAUGGCUUCUUUGGUAGAUAUGGCUGCCGAUGCCUCCUAUUCAAUCAAAGUUGUGACGGACUGCCAUUCUCAUCUAGAGCUGCCUGCUGACCUGCCAUUGAAAUUUUUUAAGGGAACUUCUUCGAGAGACCGAAAAGUUGUGUAUCUCAAGGAUCCAUCUAAGAGAAUGUGGCCAGUCCUUUACCAUGAGAGAUCAGGACUAAGAUUGCUAACCUCUGGGUGGGACGGCUUUCGAAAGGCGAAUUGUAUCCAGCAAGGAGAUGAGUGUGUUUUCCAACUCAAAAUGAUGUCCAGCCCCCGGUAUCUAUAUGAAGUCUCCAUCACCCGGUUCAAGGAUAUCGUGUGCAAAGCUCCUGUGACUUCUCACUAUAUGCUCUGACCAAGCAUGCGAUUCGAACACUUCGGGUUUAGUUUGCCCCCCUGGUGUUGAUGACAAAGCUGCAGAAUUCUUA